AUGGCAUCCCAAUCAUCUACAGGUAUGUAUUUAACUGUAGAUGCUCAUUAUAGUGGACUAUUUUCCCCAAAUCCGUUGAAAUACUUAGACCCCGAAAAAAUAACAGUGUGUGAUGUUGAUUUUGGAGGAUUUACAUACAAAGAUUUUCUUUUGUGGCUUAGGAAUUUAACCAAUGGAAGUUGUGAUAAUGUGUACUAUUGUAGUAGAAAGGAAACCUUGGGUGAGGGUAUUAUAAGAAUCGAUAGUGAUGCUGAUUAUUGGGAGUUUGUUGAAGCUACUUAUACUCCUGAAGCUAAGUUGGAUGUCUACAUUAACCACCAAAAUGAUCCAAUCCUUGAUUAG